UGUUGCUUGUGUUUUUGCUGAUGAUGGCUGUGGCUGCGUCCUCCAGGAGCAGGAUCCAUGUCCGUCGCCACCCCCGCUACCUGGUCUGGGCACCCGGCCUUGGUAACAAGUUGCAGAUCAUCUGUGGAUUUGGUGUCCCCAUAGAUGCUCCCCGGACAAGUCUUACUUACGGUCUCAUUUUGAAGACCAACUACAUUUUGCCCAACAACGCCACCCACUUCGUCGAUCCGUACGUGGCCUUCGCACGUCGCGGGGUCGGCGCUUCUAGGUGGCAUCUGUACAAGGUUGCCGAGUCUCUUCUGUCCAGACUGGGUCUUGGAGGACGCAGUUGUUUGUUGCGAUCCGUAUGCGAGGCGGCGGAGACUCCCCUUGAACACAACGGCAUCUUGGGAGAACUGCUUCACGUCUUGCUCACCCCUACGUCUACUCAGGAUGAGCCAAUAGACGCUACAGCCAGGGAGUACUACACAGCUGAGAGACAGGGGAGGGCAAUGCAACAUAACCUCAACUCUAGCUCUUCGUCUGGCUCAGACUGUACCAGCCUGUAUCCGGACUGUGAGACCGGCCUGCUGGAUCUUGUGACCACACUGGUUUCUGACUCUGUCCGCUCUCUGUUCUUGAAAUAAAUGUUUGU